CAAGGAGCCGUCAUUAAAUGAGUGCUCUGGUAGGGAGCAUGAUUUAUAGAGAAGCUAACACGUUCUGAGAAAGAGGAAAAUAAACACAGAGAGCAAACCACUAUCUUUGAGCAGCUUGUCCUUUAAGUAUGUCAAGAUCCAGACCUUUUAGUUUCACUUCAGUGAUCUCCAAAACAGGAAGCGUGUGUUUGCCACUAUUCCAGUUGGUGCUCUCGGAUCCACCAUGUGAAGAAAAUGAAAUGUGCAUAAGCUAUAAAGAUCAAUACCCAAGUGACUGGUAUAUCUGGUUCUUGCUGCUAAUUUUCCUGGUGGCUCUGCUCUGCGGAGUACUGCUCUUCUGCCUUCCGUGCUGGCUGAGGAGAUGCCCACUGGGUUCCUCAAGACGCACCAUGGCUGUCUUUGCUGUUGGAGACUUGGACUCUGUUUAUGGGACAGAAGCAGCUGUGAAUCCAACUGCUGGAAUUCAGCUUCAAGAGCAGAUCCCCACUCUGUACCCUGCUGCGUAUUUCAACAAUUUAGGACCCCCUCCUCCAUAUGAAGAAAUGCCGAAAUCAAGCCCAUUUUAGAUCUGGAUCACCAAUUGAGAACAUUAGAGAUGUUUUCAGUCCAACACAUUAAAUUUAGGAACAGUGUUUUUAUUGAAGGAGUUUCCAGAGAUCAAUUAACAUAACCUGGAAAAGGACAAAUAGAAGAAGAAUGAAUGUAGGGAAGGAAUUUUGGUCAGGAACAUGUUUCAGUAGUAAAUGAGUAGAUUUAAUGUAUCAUUGCUGUGUUACACUUUUUUGCUAUAUAACUAAAUCAAUGUUUCUUCAUUAAUAAUCAGUAAUUAAUGCUCAGAGAGGCCUCAAGAAUGUUUAGGAUUCCAUUCUAAUACACAUCACAGCUUUCUCUGCCUCAGACUCUCUGUUUUAAUCUGACCUUGUUCACAGUAUAGAGUCAAUAACAAUUAUCAUAAUUUAAUUAUGACUCAAGCAGAAAUUCAGACAUGUGCACAGCUGGAAUCAGAAAGAGAAAAGCAAAAAGUCUGAUUAAUUCCUCAAAAAUGUUUAAGCUAUAAAUAAUGCAAAUAAUUAGUAUUGAGUUUUAAAAUGAGUGCUAUUCAUAUUGACAAGCUAGGCAGAGGGGGAAGUGUGUGUGAAGGAAGACAGUAGACUAGAAUAAGAAAGCUGAAUCCUAAUUUCAGAUUGUGUGCGGUCAAUUAAUAAUAUCUAAAUUUUUUUUAAAUCAAGAAAUAAUGGUAAAGUACAUCAUUUGGAAAUUAGGUCACAAAUGCCUGAAGCAAAACACUCAAGAAUUGAAAAUAAUUGCCUUGCCUGGGCCAGGCGGCUCAGUUGAUUGGAGUAUUGUCCCAUGCACCAGAAGCUUGCAAGUUCAAUCUCUGGUCGAGGCACAGACCUUGGUUGUGGGUUUGAUCCCCCAUCAGGGUGCUUAAGGGAAGCAACCAAUAAGUGUUUCUGUCUCACAUAGAUGUUUUUCUCCCUCUCUCUCUAAAAUCAAUAAACAUAUCCUCAGGUACGUUUACUGAGGACUUAAAAAAAAAGAAAGAACAUAAAUAUAUCCUCAGGUAUGUUUACUGAGGAUUAAAAAAAAAAGAAAGAACAUAAUUACCUCGAGAAACAAGAUAUAGAGAUAAUGUUAUGGGGAUUAGGUAGAGCAGGAUAACGCUGUUUUCAUUGUUGUUUUUAAUCCUAGGCCCAUAGCACUGUUUGUCUUUUAAAAUGAAAUGUAUGCAUUACUUUAAUUAAAAAGAAAUAUAAAGUUAAGUAAAUUUUGGCAAGGUUACAAAUUUUGGCUUGCAAUUACAAGCAAACAAAAUCACACUAUAAGAAAAAAUGUUAAACAUUAACAUGUUUAAACUGUGGGGCUACAGGUGAUUUUAUUUUUUUAUUCAUGUUUCUGAAUUUGUGUUCAUAUCCUAUAAGUGAUGUGUGUUAAAAUCUGUUCCAGUUACAGAACAUUCAGUCAAUGGUUAUAAUUAACACCUAGAAAAGUGUAAGCACUUCUGGAAAUGUGGCUAAGGAUUCAGCAGCUGUAGUUGUCAUAAGUUGGUGAAACUCCAGGUUCAAGUGAUCAGCACUUAUUUUUAGGAGAGUUGCAUUUAUGUGUGAGAGUUAGUCUAAACUAUGUGCUUGGCCUCUGGUUGCCUGGUUUAUUUUUCCAGGUAGAGGAGGAGAGGUGGUGAUAGGGUUUAAGCAGGUGGGUAGGCCUGGUAGCAAAAGAGUUUGUUUUAAUAAUAACUUUUCUGACAAAUAUCUCAUCAAAUAUCAGAGGUGACAUUUUCAUUUAUUAUCUAAGUAAUACUUACUGAAUGACUGUUAUAUGUUAAUUACUGUACAGGUGUGAAUUUAUUUCUCCAACUUACUCAAAUAUUCAUUGUAAUGACACUAUCAUUUCUACCACUUGGCUCUGACCACCAGAGACUUGGAAGUUCUAUAGCAGGAACUUUUUAGAAUCCACUGAAAACUGCUGAGAACUGUAUAAUAAUAAACCAAAUUUAGAUUAUAAAAUUAUCAUGACAUUUGAAAAGAAAUUUAGAAAGAUAAAUCUGUGUUCCUUUUCUAUCCUUUCAUCUCUGGAAAUCUUUGCCUGCAUUAAAAUUAAGGUUCACCAAUACAUUUUUAAUAUUCUAUUUAACCUGGUGUUUCAUAUUUUCACUAUGACAGGAUUAGAUUUUUUCCUUCCCAUAUUAAAGAGCAUUCAUUUACUUAGUGAGGUUUUCUUACUACUGAAGGUGUAAGCUUUUUCCUUCAAUAUCCAGCAGAGGGCAUGAAAGCCUAUCUGUGAUUUCAACCCAUUAACUAGAUUUGAUUUAGUAGUUAAAUGAAACCAUGAAGCUGGAUUACUAUUAAUCUCAGAUUUUUGAUAAACCCUAGAAAAGUAUAUUAAUCAUGAGGUUCAAAUCUGCAGAGAAGAAUCUAGGACUUUAGCUCAUAUUGCUCACAAUGAAACUGAACAUCAGGGGAGAUGCCUGUGUCAGAGUCUGUCUACGAACUCUGAUGUGCACGCCCCCUUGUGCGGAUGAGACCAAGAGUCUGAGGGGCCUGUGAAACAAGGGUAAUGUGUAUGUAAAAUGCUUACACGGCAAGUGGCCUUUACAGCGCUGACCCUGGAGGUCCAGCCAUUUUUUUUCACCUGACUACAAGUUCCUCUUUAAUUUUCAGCUUUGUAGCUCCAAUUGUUUUCCUUUGUCUUUGGUACAACUUUUACAAAAGACAAUUUUAAAAUUCAAUAUCUUUCAUGGAAAUGAAAUAGAGCUGGGGUAGAAUUGAAAAGCAUUUGUGUGGACAAUGAAAUGAAACUCAACCAGAAUAUUACAUUUAAGGCCAAACCCGAAAUACUUCAGGACUGUAUAACAGAAAUGAGACAAUAAACAUGUACUGACUAUGAGAACCCACUUUUCAUAGAAUGUUUUAAAAAUCAGAACAAGAAAAAGAAAUAUUUUGAUCUCCAAAAUAUGUAAUGAACUCACACUACUUCACUCCAGGAAGACAAACAACCCACUUAAGAAAUGAGAAAAGGGACUGAACAGACACUUCUCCAAGGAGGACAUACAGAGGGCCCAGAGACGUAUGAAAAGAUUCUCAGUAUCACUAGCUAUCAGAGAGAUGCAAAUUAAAACCACAAUGAAAUAUCACCUCACAAUAGUCACAAUGGCCAUCAUAAACAAAUCAACAAACAACAAGUAUUGGACAGUAUGUGGAGGAAAGGGAACCUUAGUGGGAAUGCAGACUGGUGCAGCCACUGUGGAAAACAGUAUGGAGUUUCCCCAGAAUACUAAAAAUGAAACUGCCUUUUGACUCAGCAAUUCCACUGCUGGGAUUAUACCCUAAGAGCCCUGAAAUAUCCAAAAAAACCUAUCCACCCCAAUGCUCAUAGCAGCACAAUUUACAAUACCAAGUGUUGGAAGCAACCUAAAUGCCCAUUUGUAAAUGACUGGAUCAAAAAAGUGGUACAUUUACACAAUGGAAUACUAUAUAGCAGAAAGAAAAAAGGAGCUCCUACCCUUCAUGACAGCAUGGAUGGAACUGGAGAGCAUUAUGCUAAGUGAAAUAAACCAGGUGGUGAGAGACAAAUACCAUAUGAUCUCACCUAUAAGUGAAAUCUAAUUUUAAAAAAAGCAUCUGAAAUAUAACCAGAGACAUGGAAAUAAAGAACAAACUGACAUAACCAGAGAGGAGGGGCAAGGGGGCUAAUGAGGGAAAGAAGGGGAAAAGUCAUCAAGAAACAUGUAUAA